AUGGCAACCAGGAGCCAAGCGGCGGACCGCGGUAAGCCGGGCGGGAGAGGCCGCAACGGCCUAGGCGGCCGCGCGGCGGGCGAGCCCGGACGGCGGGAGCGCGGCGGCGGGUGGCGAGGCCCUCGAGGCGGGGCGGGAGGGAGGCCCAGGCGUUCCUGCUCCCGGAGCCUCAGACCUCUCCGGCGGGCGCCGCGCAGCGCAGGUAACCCGGCCCCAGGCCUCCCCGGUCUCGCUUCGCGAUCUGACCCUCGUCCCCCGGGUCAGGCGCGGUAUAUUCAUUCUAGCAAAACUCAGAAAGGACUAAAGAAAGAAUUUACUCAAAGAUUAAAAAUCAAGAACCAUAAACCAGAUUCAGCAGCUUCUCAACAUGGAGAACCAGGCCCAAAAUACAAUGGGCGACUUUGUCUGGUGUCUUGGGUGAUGGGUGCCUACGCCCAGGGCACUGACACUGCUGGCCUCGUGCACUCUUCGGUUCUUACAGUGCAGCACCUCCUGGCCAUUUUGCUCCCGUCUUGCUGUACCAGAGCUUCUCCUUGUGAGGCUGAGCUUCAGGAAUUGAUGGAACAAAUUGACAUCAUGGUGAGCAACAAAAAAUUGGACUGGGAAAGGAAGAUGCGGGCUUUAGAGACUCGAUUAGACCUUCGGGAUCAAGAGUUGGCAAAUGCACAAACUUGUUUGGAUCAGAAAGGUCAAGAGGUGGGGUUACUUCGCCAGAAGCUGGACAGUCUGGAAAAAUGUAACCUAGCAAUGACUCAGAAUUAUGAAGGACAACUUCAGACACUAAAAGCUCAAUUUUCCAAACUGACAAAUAGUUUUGAAAAGCUAAGGUUACACCAGAUGAAACAAAACAAAGUUCGACGAAAAGAAUUACCGAACCCCAAAGAAGAAAUCCCAUUUGAACUGGGCAGUUUGAAUGAGAAACUAGAGGAAUUUAGAGCAAAGUCAAGAGAAUGGGACAAGCAGGAAAUACUGUAUCAGACACAUCUGGUUUCUUUAGAUGCUCAACAAAAAUUAUUAUCUGAGAAGUGUAAUCAAUUUCAGAAACAGGCACAGAGUUACCAAAUUCAACUAAAUGGUAAAAAACAGUGCAUAGAAGACAACAGUUUUGAAGUUCCUCGGCUGAUAUGUGAAUCAGAUCCUAGUUGUGAAACCACUGAAAGAGAUGAGUUCAUUAUUGAAAAAUUAAAAUCAGCUGUGAGUGAAAUAGCAUUAAGCAGAAAUAAGCUACAAGAUGAAAAUCAGAAGCUCUUACAAGAACUGAAAAUGUACCAAAGACAGUGCCAGGCCAUGGAGGCCGGACUCUCAGAGGUGAAAAGUGAGUUACAGUCACGGGACGAUCUCUUGAGAAUCAUAGAAAUGGAACGAUUGCAGUUGCACAGAGAAUUAUUAAAAAUGGGGGAGUUCCAGAACGCUCAAGGAAACAAAAAAAGACUUGAGUCAUCUUAUUCACCUUGUAUUAAAGAACCAGAAAGGAAAAGGAAAGAUCUGUUUUCAGCGGCUCCAGAUCAACCAAAUCAUGAAAAGGAGUUGAACAAGAUAAGAAGCCAGCUCUAUCAGGAGGAAGAGUACCAUAGCUCUGAGCAGGAAAGAAUGAGGAAUGAAAUCUCUGACCUAACAGCGGAGCUUCAUCAGAAGGAGAUCACUAUAGCAACUAUCAUGAAGAAAGCUGCCCUUCUAGAAAAACAGCUGAAAAUGGAGUUAGAAAUAAAAGAAAAAAUGCUAGCAAAACAACAGGUUUCAGAUAUGAAAUAUAAAGCUGUCAGAAGUGAAAACACACAUCUGAAAGGGAUGAUGGGAGAUUUGGACCCUGGACAGUACAUGAGUAUGGCCCUCACUAACAAGGAACAUUCAAGGUGUACAUCUAUUAACAAACUGGAAUAUGAGAAUGAAAGGCUCCGAAAUGAUCUUGCAAAACUUCAUGCCAGUGGAAAGUCAGCAUGGACUAAUCAAAAUAUGUAUGAAGAAACAGUGAGGCAUGGCUAUCAAAGUCAAAUGAAAAUGAAAGAAAAUGAAGAUAGACUAAGCCAAGAUUGUGAGACAAAUAGAAGCACGACACCUCCAUUGCCACCUUUGACAUUUCAAACCAAAGAAAUGGCAAGCCCUUUGGUUAGUGAUGAUGAAGUAUUCCCAUUGUCUCCCCCAGAUAUGUCCAUUCCAGCUUCUUUGGCUGCACAGCAUUUCCUUCUGGAGGAAGAGAAGCGAGCAAAAGAACUUGAAAAACUUCUAAACACACAUAUCGAUGAGCUGCAAAGGCAUACAGAAUUUACUCUUAAUAAAUACACCAACCUAAAGCACAAUAGACACAUAUAGCUUUUAAACUUUUUUUAUUUGCUCCCCCAACCCAAGAAAAAAAGAGCUCAGGCAAAAUAUUUACAAAGCUGAUUAAUGAAACUGAAAAAUUUUGUUGUUUUCUUGAGUAAAUCACUUCUGUAAGGCAGCUAGAAAAUAGUAUUUUGUUCGAUAAAGCUGUUUGUAUUUCUGCAUUAACAUAC